GCAGGAUGUUAUGUCCGGAUAUUUGUCACAAUCAGUUAUAAUUAUAUCCAGAGAUAACUGCAUCUGUUUAUGGACUAAACCUUUACUAUGUAUUUUACAAUGCACAUUUUGUUGCAUAUUGUUUUGUUUAUUCAUUUCGUGCAUGCCAAACCAGGAAAACCUGGUUGUGUGUAUGAAGGCAAACACUAUAAAGUUGGUGAAAAGAUAAACGACUACGGAAAUUAUGGACUUCAGUGUGGAAAAUGGGGAAUAACAGCUUGGGAGAAUUAUCAAGACGAAUCACAGAACCAAAAGUCAACUAAACCCUCAACAUCAUCAACAGAACCAACAACACCCAAAGAAGAAGACAUGUGUAUAUAUGAAAACAAGUCAUACAGAGUGGGUUCUCUUAUAAAAGACUAUGGAACCUAUGGACUUGCAUGUGGAUACUGGGGUAUCUAUGCCUAUAACAGCAAGUAACAGAUAUUAAAACUGGUAACUUUUGGGCAGUAUUGAAACAUGGUAUGACGAUGUGUCUAAAGAACACUCUCGACUCAACGACAAUUUCUAUCACGGAGCACAUAUUUGUAUGUUCGUAGCCUUU